AUGUCUGGCAGUCUAGCAGGCGCCGUAGCCCGUCGCAGCGCAAACACGGUCUUCCGAGCUUCAUCAUGUGCAAGAAGCAGUUUGAUUACAGGCUCAAGAACUAUUCGGAUUGCUUCGCAAGGGUCCAGAAGCUCUUCAACAGCAAGAUGUCAACUUUCCAAGGCCUCGUAUGCCUCGAUGCAACGCUCUCAGAUCGGUGUGAAUCAACAACAGCGCCGAAAGUACAGCUCUGAGGAUGCCCCGGUAUUCAAACAAAUCGAAUUCGACGACAUAAACUCAAAAACCUCCCACUCCCCCUCCAACACAAUCCUAAUCGACGUGCGCGAACCCGCCGAACUCGCUGCAACAGGCAUAAUCCCCGGCGCCGUCUCGAUCCCCUUGGCCUCCCAGCCGGAUGCUUACUUUCUGCCGGCAGAGGAAUUCAAGACGAGGUUUGGAUUUGCUAAACCUGUCGUAGAAGCCACUGCAGGAGCAGGUGCAGAGGGAGAGAAAAAGGAGAUUAUAUUUUAUUGCAAGGCGGGCGUGAGGGCCCAGGCGGCGGCGCAGCUGGCUGUGCAGGCUGGGUAUGAUCCUGAUACAUUGGGGGUGUAUCGUGGGAGUUGGCUGGAUUGGUCCGAUAGAGGAGGGAAGGUGGAGAGGUGGGAGGGCAAUGAGUGA